UGGCAUGUGACCUCCCCUCUGCUCCUGAGUCUCUUACUCCCAUCAUCCAAACCGUCUUUCUGUUCACCCUCUUGGUCCUUGCAGCAGGCUCCAGCCAGGUUGCUUCUUGCUGCACAGACAAGGCUGAAGUGUUCAGACCGACGAACCAUGGAACCCAAAGAAAUAUUUGCUGUGCCCAGUGGCCUCUCCAACCUCAAAUACACAACAGUGCAUGAGACUGGAGCUUCAUGGGGGCUUGAACUUGUCCCCAGAAGAGCUGUAGUUCUCUGUAACCGCUGUCACAACCAUGGCGUCAUUUCCCAAAUCAUGGGCCAGGAGCAUAUCUGCCCCUUCCAAACCUGCCAGUGUCACAAUUGUGUCUUCUUCUCGGAGCACCAGAAGGCCUUUCCUGCAGUGACUACCUCGACUAGGGAGCAGGGGGCACAGCAAAAGAAGCAUCCUGCUCUUGGACUGAACAAAAGCAUGACUAUUGCUCCUGGGGUGCCCGUCUACAUCAAUAAUAUGGCCAUGGGAGCAGGAAUCCACACUGGAAAGGUGAACAUCAUACCCCAGCCACAGGCCUACCCUUGCUACAUCUCCAAUCAGGGAGCACUCUCAGGGGUGCUGCUCUUCAGCCAGUCUUCAGAACCUACAUUUCUUCCCUGCACUCCAGUGACCACGGAACCACAACUGGUAUUUACUAUUUCCGGACAGCCCCAAGGGCCCCCUAUCCUGCCUGCCACGUCCUCAAGUUUUAUCGUUCAGUCCUGUGCCACUCUUGACCCUCUUCUGCAACCACAGGUCCCCAAAGCCUCUGAGCAGGCAUUGGUUGUUGCCUCUGAGUGGGAGCGAAGGCUGGAGGCUGCUGAAGCACUGCUGGCUCUGAGAGACUCUAUCCCAACACCACCUGACCCUAGGCCUUUGGCACAGCCCUGUGGCCUACCAGCUGGAAAGGUGAACAUCAUACCCCAGCCACAGGCCUACCCUUGCUACAUCUCCAAUCAGGAGACACCCCCAGAGGGACUGCUCUUCAUCCAACCCCCAGAACCUACAUUUCUGCCCUGCACUCCUGUGACCACUGGGCCACAACUGGUAUUUGCUAUUUCUGGACAACCCCAAAGGCCUCUCUUGCCUGGCACAUGCUCCAAUCUGAUCCUUCAGCCCUGUGCCACCGUUGACACUCUUCAACUGCAGCCACAGGUCCCCAAAGCCUCUGAACAGGCAUUGGUUGCUGCCUCUGAGUGGCAGCAAAAACUGGAAGCUGCUAAGGCGCUGCUGGCUCUGAGAAACUCGCGCCCAACAUCAACUGACAACUUGCCUUAGGCCCAGCCCUGAGGCCUAUCAGCUCCUGCUGGAGAUAGAACACUCCAGCUAUCUGUUCCUUCUCUGUGCCCCAGGCCUGCAACCUCCAACUCAAUGUCUUUUGGACAUCUGGCCUGCAUCUCUCUAUGAGUAGGACCCCAGAGGAUUAGGCAAGUCUAGAGCACUGCCUACUGGAUAUCCUGUUUUUAAUUGCACAAUGGCCAGUGCUACUCAUGCUGAACAUUAAUAGUUAGAACAUUCAGAUAUUUUAUAAACUUGCAGAUCAUUAUUAAUAUGUGGAAUAUUCUUUGAUUGAGGUUGGAUACCAUUGUACCAUCCCUACUGCUAUGGAUACUUGGAUCCUUUGUAUAUCUUUGAUUAAAAACAGAAUUAUAUGCCCUAACCAGAUGGAUCUGUCAUUGGGGUUUGCAAUUAGUUAAUAUGCCAGUUUGUUUAUUUUUCUUGAAACUGGAGACAUACUCUGUACACUCACAUCUGUAUUCAAGCGUGUGUAAACAUGAUGCUGGCUUACUUUGUGUCUAGGUUUGUGUGCAUGAACAGGUAAUAAACUUAUGUUGUAAGGCAUGGAGAUGUAUGGAUCUUUGUUAACCACACCAGAACCAAGAUGAUCUUGACUGUAACACACUUGUUCAACCCACAAUUCAAAAUAUUUAUAAUAUUUCCUAAUAAAUGGGAUAUUUUUAGCAAGGCUAGAUAAGAAGAGGGUAGAGGAAAAAGAUGGGACAUUGAUUCACUGUAUAAUCAAGUUCCUUUCCUUCUCUGUCAUAGCCUGUUUUCAGUUAUUCAGAAGGCUAGGAAUGAUGAUGACCACAGGAUCAAGCAGAUCACGUUAAAGCAGGCCCUACUGGGUAUGGACAACUGGCAGUGCAUGCUCUCCCUAAAAAGGCAGUCGCUUCUUGGUUCAAGAAAUUUAUUGUCAUGCAAUUAUGUGGGCACAUUGUUAGUAAUGCUGUUUUUUUAAAAGAUUUAUUUUAUUUAUUUGAGACAGAGUUACAGAGAGAGGUAGAGACAGAGAGAGAGGUCCUCCAUCCACUGGCCCACUCCCCAAAUGGCCGCAACGGCUGGAGCUGUGCCGAUCGGAAGCCAGGAGCCAGGAGAUUCUUCCAGGUCUCCCAUGUGGGUACAGGGGCCCACGUACUUGGGCCAUCCUCCACUACUCUUCCAGGCCAUAGCAGAGAGCUGGAUUGGAAGAGGAGCAGCCAGGACCAGAACUGAAGCCCAAAUGGGAUGCCAGCACUUCAGGCCAAGGCUUUAACCCGCUGCACCACAGCGCCAGCCCCAGUAAUGCUGUUUUACAAGACAAUCUGGAUUCUGGAUUUCCACAUAAAUUUACUCUAUUUUUCAUUGUUGGUUGAACUGUUUACAUUCAGCACUCUUUGUGAGUGAAACCAAACAUCAAAGUAAGAUAUCUCUGGCAAACAGCAUGCCAAUUCACUUUGGGUCUAAAGUGAAUUGCAUGGUUAGGGAAGCUGGGACCAGUAAAGAUCAGAAAAAUCAAAGAGGGGUAAUGAGUCCCACCAGCUCCUACUUUGAAGCACUCAUGCAGUAUGAGGAAGGGUUGCUGUUUUUUGUGUAGUUGUACUCCCUCUAUGCUAAGCACAUAGAUGGAACCUCUCCUAGUAAAGUGUCAUUCUUACCAUCUUAUCUAUGGGGAAGCACACUCAAGGAAUGAGAAACACUUUUACCCAUGGUUUCAGGAGAAUUUAUGGUUAAGGAUCAGGAAAAACUCCAUUUUCUUUGCUAGCAACUAAACAGCUAGUAAUUAUUUGCAUAAUAGAUCAUUGAACAAAGCUUCAAAAAUCACGACAGCAGACAGAAGUCAGCAGAUUUUUGUGGCGGUAUGUAGGUCCUUCAUUUCCACUUCAUUGUAUCUAUCUGUAGUAAUCAACCAGAUAUUCCAGGCUAGUCCUUGCUUCUUAGUCUUUAGCAGGAGUUAUAAACAUGCAAAGCACCAGAAAUACCCACCAGACAGCCAGAAAGUCAACUGGACAUGUCUGGAUAGAUGUUUAUCCCCACACUGUAACCCUCGUUCUUCCUUCUUUCUCUUUUUAUCCAAGAUGAUGGUAGUGCUGACAUUCAAUGUCACUUUGUACUUACUUUUCUGAGAUAUUGAGCCAUCAGAGUUCUCAAACUUCUCUCUGAUAGCAGAGAAGUCGACAUUGACAGAGCCCACUGCCUGUGGGUGCUUCACCAGGCAGUUUGAGUCCCAGAGCCUGUGGUAUGUUGGGAAGCCAGGGGCACCUGAUGGGUGCCCAGUACCCUGUCAAUCCUGCUAUCAAGACUCAAAGUCAGUGGGGACCAUGGAUUUUUCCCUCUGGUAGAAUCUGUGGAUCACAUAUGUACACAAAAGCCUCUGGUCGAUUGUUGCCUUCUCCCUGUCAGUUGCACCAGAGCUACUGCCACCAUUACUGCUGAGAAGAUGCCAUCUUGUCUCAGCCAGAUGCUGUGCACACACAAAAGUGCUUCAGCAGCUGCUGCUUAUGCCCAAAAUGGCAUGACACCUGCCCUCUUUCAGCCGGUUGUUGGGCAUUGUUAUGAGGGGAUGGUGAGAGAAACAUGCCCCCCUUUUUUGACUGGCUCCAUGGAUACCCUCUCCCACUUAAGGCUCCAGGCUGGACUCACGACACACUCUCCCAGUGACUAUAUCAGCAGUGGCAGGGGUUGCUGCAGUCUAAUCUCACCUCAGUCUCUGAGGCUGGUGUUUUCUUGGGCUUUUGGCUGCUGAAGUCAUGUGUGAUGUCUGUGUAUAUCUGCACCUUGCACACAGAUCCAUGAUGUUCCCCUUCCUUCCAUAGAAUUUCCAUUGUGGUUUUCUCUCUAACUCUGCCCCUGAGAAUGUACUUCCUACAAGUUUUUAAACUACUUAUCCCUAGCCUAGCAAAGUACACCAUUCCCUAUUCUACCAUCUUGGAAAAUCGAAGGAGACUUCUUUCAAAAUAGGUCUCACUAACUGUUCCUGGUUAUGUAGAACUACUACUGAUGAUGUCUGUCCAAGAAUAGCCUAUAGUGUAUGACAAUGUAUAAAUUAUUAAUACAAAUGUAAUGAUCUGUACAAAUAUUGAGCAGAAGGAAAGUCAAAGGUAUUUAAAAAUCUCCAGUGAAGGAAAAAAAUACAGGGCAGGUAUUCUCACCUAUGAAGUUAAUAUGAAUGACAACUUUGCAACUGUAAAUUAUAAAUAUACAUUAAUGGGUGUACAAUACAUAAGGACAUAAACUGUGACAUUGAUAAGAUUUAUGCAGAUGGAGCUGCUAAUUUGUAGACUUUUGCUAUGCAAAGAAAAUGUUUGUUAUUAGUUUCAAAGAGAAGGCCACAAAAAGUGUUAUAUGCAAUGGCUAUCUUUGUGCCAGUGGAAAUAGCUGCAGAUUACACACAAAUGAAAGUGAUGAAGGAAACAAUUCUGAUUACUGGAAACACUGGUCAUGGAAAGUGCAGGUACAGAGGGAUGAACACAAGGUGAGCCAUGAAGCAGAGAGAAAACUAGGCCAAACUUGAUCUCAAACAAUCAUCAACCCUGCGAUGAGUGCUCCUUCAGCAGAUAUCUAGAGGUGUGUGUUGGGUGGAUCCAAGGGGCUCUAUCCAGGGCUUGAGGGUGGGACAAGAGUCCAGAAUGACAGCCCAGUUGUACAUGGCAGAUCUCUAAUCAGCAUGGGGGAGGGUAUGAUGACUGGGCCACUAGAGUGCCCUCAUCCUGAUGCAGCCCUAGGAGAUAGAUUGGCUCUGUGACACUGCUACCAAACAUGAUGUACUCAAGCCAUCUGGUGAAUCUGCAGUUCUUUCUCUGAUGGUGCAAGUAUUCUGGCCACAGACUAAUCAGGACAGAUCAGGGAGUAAGUACAUAGUUUAUGUGGUGCAUUGUCCAGCAGGACAUGCCCACAGUGAAACCUUACCCUUACACGGCCAAUACAGCAAAGGACAUGAAUCCACUGUCACAUUGUAGUUUCCAUUGUGCCACUUAUGGUGCUCUUUUCCUUUAAUCUGCAAAACCAAAGAUAGUCUCCAACACUUAUGAACCACCAUCAGAUAAAACCUCUAGACACAGAACUACUGGCCUGCCACCUAAAAGUUGUACCCAACCUUGCCCCUAUGAAAGCUCUGUACAUCCCCAGGCCCCAGUUUUCCUCCAGUGAAUACUAAUGGAUUCUCUGGAUAAGAAGAAGCUGAGUUAAGAUGUCUUCUCAUGGGGGAGCACCAGAUGGAAGUGCUGAUCAAAAAGGUAGACAGAGCGAAGUAAGUGCUCAAAACAAUGGGGUCUUGUUCCCUGAGAUUCUCAGAGGUAUCUGGUAUCAUGCAUGGCAUCUGGGGAUGCUCUGUGAGGGAUGAGACUCUGCAUGGUCAUAUUCCAGUCUGACUGGGUGACUUAGAUACUUCACUUGCUGGGAAAUGAUACCAGGGUUAAACACAGAUAUUGAUCCUGGUGGCUAACUCAAAUGUGAUCCCAAAGAGGCCAUAUACAAGGUGCUGCACAUGUUGCAGGUUCCCCCCACCCCACCAGGUAGCCACACUUAUCCUCCAGGCAGCUGCAGGCCCUCACCAAUAGGUGUUUUGUGCAGAAGUACCUAAAAUAAUUGAGUGCUAUUGAAACUCUAUUCACAGUUUCUUUACGGUCAGUUAACCUGUAAGCAAGGGUUAUCCUGUG